AUGGGGAAACGCCGCUGUGAGGAUUCGUCUGUAGACGACUCGCAAACCAGCAUCCAUCGCUUCUUUGCAGCCUCAAGAGCCUCAGAGACAGUACCUGUUUUGGAGGAUUCACAGAUGACUGUCCCUGCCUCCGAUACCGAGCUGAAGGAGUUCUUGGCGGGUGGUGUAGCAAGCCCCACUGGCAGAUCAUACGGAGAUUCUGUUGACGACUGGGAGCUUCGCCACAUCCCUGCUCAAGUCUGGCCCGAAAACUGCACCAAGAAACGCAAGUUCGAAUGGCAUAGCCAGGAACUGGAUGCUCCAAAGAUUUGCAAUUCAGCUCGUCGUCGCUACAACAACUCUGAUAGCUUGUCGCAGGAGCCAGCAGUGUUCGACCACAUGACUCUGCGUCCAACCACGCCGAGUUCCAUCGCGCAGCCCUGUCUUCCGGCACAGGCUGAAGCGAACAAUCUGUGGCCAAUCAUGGCGCUUAUGUGUAGCAUGAUGCAGGCGAUGCAAUCCCCCCCAUCAAACAUGAGCCCUGUGGCUGUGUCGCCUGCUGUGCCCAACUGCAUCGAGCCAUGUCCAAGUGACGAUUUCAUGACAGAGACUUUGGGUGACUGCGCAGCAAGAUGGAAGCGGCUGUUGCUCCCUGACGCGUCUGGCCGUAUGCCAGAUCUUCAAGGCAUCAUCUCCCUUGCUGCAUGUUACCCUAAGCCGCCGCAAAGAGCCCUUUACAGCCAUUCUGGCGAAGUCAAACGCCUCCUUGCACAAGAUGGGUCUACUACCAUAGGCAUCUUAUUCAAACCGGACGGCAUGUCCAGCAGCGUCGCGGUGUACUUGAAGUCCGGCAAGGUGAUUGUUCAGGGAAAAUCCUUGCAGGAUAAAGUGCAGAUUGAAAAGAUGAUCGAGCCGUGGACGCAAAUGUGGCCACUGGGCGGUGUAGCAGCUAGGCGCGCUGGUGCUGCCUUCUCUAACCUUCCAUCACCGGAGAUGGCAAGAGCCAUGGCGGCCAAUACGGCAAGGUUCAGGUAG